UGAGGCCCAGCAGCUCGACCAAUCACGCAGCGGAAUUCUUACACGUGCAUGUUUCGCGGCAAAAAAGAUUUGGCGCGCAAACCUCAACCCUUGUUCCGAUCAGCUGGGACAAUAACAACAAUAACACAGAGCUUUUUGAGCAGAGGACUGCGCUGCUUGGUGAAGGUAGCAGGGUUUGACUGUGGACUGACCUCCAGAGAAAUUGCAUUUUUGUAUACAAGUGCCUGGAAAUCCUUUAAGGACGUAACAUUUUGAACAGUGCGAUUUCUCCUUGCAUCGGUGUUCUUCCUGGAUGCGCGGACAACUCAGAGAGAGGUGAACAGGGUGCUUUUCACUUGGCGACGAAGAUAUUGCAACCGGAGCUGCCGAGUUUGUGGUCUGGCCUGCUACCCAAUCCUAGCUCCUUUGUUAUUAUUAUUCUAUAGUAAUUCUCUUUCUUUGUCUUUGCAAAGAUACUUUUUACUGGUUAGCCACCUUACGAAAUAGCUUGCUACAAGUGUGUGUCAGUCCUGGGAGAAACAUAUGGGUGACUUACUUAUUAAGACUUGAUUUUUAGUCGAUAUUGGCUAUAUUAUCGAGCUAAUCAGCUGAUACGUCUCAUUCAAAAGACCGACUGGUUAAUCCGAAUCUCGGUAAAGUUGAAUUAAGGCGGAAGACGAAAAGUGGUAUAAGUUUUAUAGUUAGCUACUAGGCUAGCUAGCGUUUCGCUAUCAAUCCUACAGAAGAGACAGAUGGUCUCUGUGGUGAACAAAGAGGGAGAGAGUCUAUGAAAACUGAAAGGGAUCAAAUUUGUUCCAUUGCCCCUGCAGACAGAAAACCGAUUAGAUUAGAUAUGAGCUAAAACUAGCUUGCUAGUUGUCUAACAAGCUUCCUGUUGUUUUUCUUGUUAGUUUUUAGACUGAUUUUAGAUACCUGAGUAUCUAACCAAACUUGCUAGCUAGCUACUGGCUGUAGCUACUUGACACAACACUAGUUUACUAAAAUGAUUUCCUCCCCUAAUGUUAACUAAUCAGAGUAAUAAGAUGACUAGCUAGCUGACAGUCUUAUUAAUUGGCAAAGUCAUAAACAAUGCGAUUUUCUGUUGGGAUUGUAAAGAAAUGCACAUUUGCUAAGUUAGUAUCAAACCAAAAGUAACGUUAACUGAUUACUUGGACAUUGACACCAAGUGUUCCCAAUUGCAACCAAUGCUAACUGGAAAAGUGAAACUAAGCUAAUACAACUGAACGAAACGUGUGUUUUUAAGCUUAUGUAUUAACCAGUUAGCUGGCUAAUCUAAACAUGGUCAACUCGGCCAUUAAUAGUGUCAGUUUUUCUAUAGGUGUUUAUUGUUGUGUACACAAAACCGCCUCCAGGCGAGACAACUGUUAGCCAAAAAAAGAGGUUUUUUAAUUGCCUAAGGAUUGUUGGACUGUCCGGAUCACAGACCACUGGCAGAGGAAGCUGCCCUGUGUCCAUGCAAUGUCAGAGACGCUGAUAACCGGUCUGACCUCGGAGGAUCUUUUGGCUGAUUUCGAGUCUAUUUUGAGCUCUGGGAACAUCGACCUCAGCGAGGACCAUCAGAUCGUGAUCAUUUCCACCCCGAACGAUGUGGACAUUCACUCGACCGCUCCCAACAGCGCGGGGGAGAUCCUUCUGUUCGCAACCCCUCAAGGCCCCGCGCCCGCGGAGGACCCGCGCCGACCCACGCUGGGACGCCCUCCGGUGAAGCGAAAGCUGGAUUUGGACAGCGAUCACCAGUAUGUGAGCAGUUCCUGUCCCGCUCCCCCAGGCAGAACACCAACUGCAACUCCAGCACCCCCUAGAGUGCCGAAGGUGUCGGUGGAGAAGUCGCGCUACGACACGUCCCUGAACCUGACCACCAAGCGCUUCCUGGACCUGCUGGCCCAGUCGCCCGACGGGGUGGUGGACCUCAACUGGGCCUCCCAGGCGCUGGAGGUCCAGAAACGCCGCAUCUAUGACAUCACCAACGUCCUGGAGGGCAUCCACCUCAUCUCCAAGAAGUCCAAGAACAACAUCCAGUGGCUGGGGAACCGGCUGGACGGGGCGUCGGCAGCCCGGCAGCAGGCCCUGCAGAAGGAGGUGUCCGAGCUGACCCGCGCGGAGGACAAGCUGGACGAGCUGAUCGCCAAGUGCAACCUGCAGCUCCGCCUGCUCACCGAGGACUCUCAGAACAAGAAGUUGGGGUACGUGAUGUGCCAGGACUUGCGGAACACGGUCGACCCCCCUGACCAGCUCGUAAUGGUGGUCCGUGCCCCCCCGGAGACGCAGAUGGAAGUUUCUGAGCCCUCUGAUGGUUACCAGAUCUCUCUGAAGAGCGCUCGAGGGCCCAUCGAGGUCUUCCUGUGCCCGGAGGACAGCUCGGGGGUCUGCAGCCCCGUGACCGCCAGCAGCCCCGCGAAAGCCACCGGCAGUGCCUCCCCUCAGCCAGCAGAGGGAGCCCAAGCGCACGCGGAAUGCAGCACCGCCCCGGAAGUGACCUCGCAGCCGACCCAGGACUGCUCCCCGCUGAAACUGGGGAGAGAUGCGGCGAAACUCCUGGAGGGAGAACCGUUCGCCCCCCUGGGGGAGCUCGGCGACUUCGACCUCUCCUCCCUGGUGUCGGCGGACUACCUGCUGGACCGGAGCCUGGAGGACUUCUCCUCCCUCCCCCUGGACAGCUUCAUCAACCUGUCCCCCCCCCACGUGCACGACUACCACUUCGGCCUGGAGGAGGGGGAGGGCGUGAGCGAACUCUUCGACUGCGACUUUGGGGACCUGGCCCCCAUGGACUUGUAAGGGUGUGAGGGGUGGAAGGACUAUGGUGGGGGGGUGGGGGUGGGGUGCAAAGCUGUAGACCACAACUUAGCACUUGGGCCACUGGAGAGAGUUGGGUGGUGGACAACGGUACUUUCCACGGCCAGUUUAUUUAUAUGUGGAUUUCUUUCCAGUAUUUCACGUCGGAGUGUGUGCGUGCAAAUGUGCGUGUGUGUCCGUGUGUGUGUGUGGGGAAGGUAUGGUGGUAGGGCGAAACUUAGCUGGGCUGGGGGGGACAAAAAAACGAGGUAGAAAACAAAAAAAAAAAGUAUUUAAAAAAAUAAAUAAUUGUUUGAAGUGCAUUAUGCUAGCAAGUAAUCCUAGAAGGUUUACCGCCAUAAUUUCUGGAAGCAUAGAAAACGCCUUUCUGUGAGAAGGGCUUGGAUGUAGUUCAGGUUUGUUCUUAGGAGGUGGAGCGUAUGAGCAGCACCAGUAGGUGAUGUGGUCGUCCCCCCCCCCCAUCUCAGGUCUGGGAAAUGGGUUCGACAGGUUAAACGGUAAGUGAAGCCGGAUUGGGGGUGAAGCGCUCGCCGUUAAGCUGGACUGGCGAUGCACGGGCGCUAGUGGCGCUAACUCGCUAUAAAGCGCGUUUUAUCGAGGCGCACAUCAGUGUUUCUGUCAUGCUACAAGCUCACGGGCCUGAGGUCCUUACCCUUUUAACUCUGCCUGUCAGUUCUGUAUUACCUCUACAUGGUGCAUAACCUCACUUGGUGGAAAAAUGUAUUUUGUAAAAAACUGGGGCACUUGCAAGUCCUACCCUCUUACAGGUAGCGCGUGGCGAUACGGUGCGUGGUUGCCGGGAUAGUGUGGGAGGGGUUGUGCCCGGCGAAAUCUUCGCGAACCCGCGUUCCGAUGUAUUUACUUGCUCACGGCACUGUCAAAAUGUUUAUAGUGUAAAGGAAAUGGGUUUUUGGCAGUUUGUUUUAGCUGUUUUACUCGUUUUUAAAUCAUUUAAUCUGACAUAUUAAUUGCAUAACUUUGAUUUAUUGUGUAUUUAUUGAUCAGAGACCUGAUCUUCUGUUUUUUUGUUUUGUGUUGUUUUUGUUGAACAGAAACUGCGGAAUAUUUUUCUGUCUUUCUCUCUAGGUAUUCACAAAAAUAAGAAAUGAUUUGGACUAUUUUUGUAAGUGUGUAACUGUCCGUCAAGAUUAUGCAAAAAUUAAAUGGAGUGAAAUGUGUUCUUAAUUAAAUGCGUAAUCCCCGAAA